AUGGCUUCGGCAGACAGCGAGGUGAAAACCCUCCUCAACUUCGUCAACUUGGCUUCCAGCGACAUCAAGGCCGCCCUGGACAAGUCGGCCCCCUGCCGCCGCUCCGUAGACCACAGGAAAUACCUGCAGAAGCAGCUCAAGCGCUUUUCCCAGAAAUAUUCCCGCUUGCCCCGCUGCUGCCACCACCACCACCUGCAGCCGCAGUUGCCUCCCGCUCGGGAGCGGAGACCGCCUGAAGGGAGGGCACGAGGUCUCAGCCCCGAGAGUUCGCUAGGUCGAGGCCACGCGGCCUCCGGGGCGUCCAAGGGCGACAAGGCCUCCAAGGCCCCAGAGCGCCUGGGCGGUGAGGAGAAGCAGCAGCAGCAGCAGCAGGCAGGGACUUCGGAGGCAGGCGCUAAGCCCGACCAAGUACCCAUGAGGAAAAGGCAACUGCCCGCUUCUUUUUGGGAAGAACCCCGGCCUGCUCCGGGCUCCCCCGGUGUUGUCAGUGGCGUGAUCUUUCCAAUGGGAGUUUGCUCGUCGCCCUCUUCUUCCUCGUCAUCCUCCAAAGACCUGCCUCCUUACGAGGGAAAGAAAAAUAAAAUAGGCCUCGACGGCGGCAGCGGCGGCACUGGCGCGGUUCUCGAGAGCCCCCCGCGCAGGCCAGAGGCCGAGGCCGCCCUCAAGGGACUGAGGACCUGGGGCUGCUGUCCAUUUCAGUACCACGGGCCACAGGCCUCCCCCGGUGUUUACCCGCCCCCGCUGCCGGCCGCCCUGCCCCCUUUGGCUCCCUUCUCGGCUUUGGGUUUGUGGCGGAAAGAUGCGCCUUCCCCGACGGAGGGCGAGCCCUUCUGCCAGCCAGGGCAGAAAGUGUAUCGGCCUGUAGUGUGGAAGCCCAUCCCCACCAAGCCUGCCGCGCCGCCCCUCAUCUUUAGCGUCUUUAGUUAUCUUUAG